GAUCCACAGGCUGGUGCCACGUGGAUGUACACCAACGCCAGUAAUCUGGACGCUUUCCUACUCGAGGUAUACAACUAUUACGUUGGUCAUGGCUUCUGGUCGAUCCUUCUGUCCCGGGCUAUCAGCCUUCUGACUGAGCUGUUCGUGUUCGCCUUCGCAAUGUUCCUAACCACCUGCGUGGAUUGGGGAAAACUGCCGUCCAGCAAGUCCAGCUCAGAGGUGCUCAUCGUUAAAUGCAUGGCUAAAGCCUCGUGGAUUAAGAACCUUGCGUUGUUCACGUUCGUAAUGUAUUGGUGUAGCCGCCUUGUCACGAAUCUGGGAGGUGUGCGCCAACUGUCACGGAUGCACAAUUUCUACCACCAUGUGCUAGGCAUUAGCGAUGGCGACAUACAGACCGUAUCCUGGAUCCGCGUGGUCGAUGGCUUGGUCAAGCUGCACAAUGCCAACAUUUCUACAGCUGACCCAAAUCCGGCCGUUCGCAGGUACACCAAGUACAAUAGGCCACAGCAACGCAUGAAUGCGGAGACUGUAGCAAACCGCCUAAUGCGACAAGCCAACUACUACGUCGCACUUUACAAUAAGGAUAUUCUGGACUUCACUUUACCAAUCCCCUUCAUGGGACAACGCCACUUCUAUUCGAAGAGUCUCGAAUGGUGCAUUGACUUUUGUCUCACAAACUUCAUCUUUGACGAGCAAGGGAGUAUCAGACCGUUCUGUUUGGAGGUAAGGAACCGGAAGGCCUUGGUCGAGGCUCUACAAACGCGCUUACGCUUCGCCGCGCUGACGAGCGUGCUUGUCGCACCCGUCAACAUUAUCCGCUUUUGCAUCAUUUAUUUCUUCAAGUACUACACGGAGUUCACGCGCAACCCAUCAAAAGCAAGCACCAGGUCGUUCACGCCAUUUGCGGAGUGGAAGAUACGCGAGUUCAACGAGCUGGACCACCUUUUCCAACGCCGCUUGAGGCAGGCCUAUCAACCGGCGAACAAUUACUUGCGCCAAUUUCCGAAAGACAAGGUCGACCAGCUCUGCCGCUUUGUAUCGUUUCUGAGCGGAGCUAUAGCUGCCGUUCUUGCGUUGGCAACGCUGCUUGACCCGGAACUGUUUCUGGGGUUCGAGGUGACACCUGGUCGCACUGCUGUGUUCUGGCUGACCGUCAUGGUUGCAAUCUUCACAGUCUCCCAAGGUUCAUUGCCCGAAGAAGACGAAGUGUUUGACCCAGUCAUGCAUCUGAAAGCUGUGCUUUACUGCACGCAUUACGUGCCGUCUCACUGGAAAGACCGGCUGCACACAACGGAAGUACGUUCGGAAUUCUCAGCAAUGUAUCAGACGAAGGUCUUGAUCUUUGUCGAGGAAAUCUUGAGUCUCAUCGUUGCCCCUUGGAUCCUACUACGAAAUGCAGGCAAGCGCAGCGAGCGCAUCAUUGACUUUUUCCGGGAGCAUACAGUACACGUUGACGGCAUUGGGUUUCAAUGCAAUUUUGCAGUCUUCGGCUUCAAGAAGGACGCAAAUGCGGCCGACCCAACGACAGUACUAGAUGAGCCAGAUGGGCUGCGGGACGAAUACUUUGGCCUCAAGGACGAUAAGAUGGCGGCCUCGGUGCAGAACUUCAUGCACUACUAUGACCAUGGCCGCUAUCGCCGAAACGGAAAGAAGCAAGGCUGGCAGCCUCCUCCAGCGUGGCCG